AUGAGAUCAAGAAGCCCACCAAGUCCACUUAAUACCGCGAUAAAUCAGAUUCUUAAAGCGUGCCAAAUCGGUAUGCAAUCAGCUGCUAUUCUUGAGAAAGAAGUAAGUGAAUUACGGGCUGCAAAUGAGAAACAGAAGCAAAAGCGUACACGGUCUAAAAGGCAGAUACCCCAUGAAGGUGGCCUUUUAGCUCAGGAGGCUGUUGAGCUAAUUGAGACCCCGAUUGAGGUCCCAAUAGCUCCAGCACCCCCCUGGCCAAGACAGCCUUCACCACCUUUACAGCCGCGUACGAGGGCUUUACCGAAGUGCGGUAUCUGUGGAAAUGAAGGACAUAAGAGAAAUGCAUGUCCAGACAGACCUAGCUAGCUUGUUUUGUUAAUUAUAUGGCGUUUGGUUGAAAUAAAUGCAUUUACAUACUAUAUAUGGGGAGUUGGUGGCCCACUCGCUUGUGUGGCCCACUCGCUUGUGAAUUACGUUAGU